CUAUGUACUCAACGACUGAGUUGUUUCAUGAAACCGAUUACUUUGCCUAACAUGCCUCGCUACAUCACUACUACUCUUUUAAUUACUGACAUUCAGUGCCUUAUUGUUGGCACUCUCUUGGCCAAAACAUUUGAAGUGGUUACGGCCACUAGUGUAUUGCUAAUGUAUCCAAAUUGGAUUCAGUGCUUUUGCUAAUAGAGACGAUUAUACAUCACAAAAUCGGAGUGCACGGAUAGUCUUCGCAUAUUUACCGCAAACUACUAUUAACUAAAAAAAACAAGAGUUUGACACUCAAAACUAAAGAAAAAAUAGCAAAAUUUCGCGGAAUUAAGAAGUAAUAGAGACAAAAAUAGCUUUUAGAAUCGAUUCAUUAGCUUGAUCAGUGGAAUAAAAUUAAAAUAAUAAAACUGUAAACCGUGAUGCAAAAAUCUGAAUACCAAAAACCAAAAACAAAAAUUGCUGAUUUGUGGCUAAUCAACCAACCGAUCAACUAACCAGAGAACUUACCGAACCGGAUAGCACCAAAGAACAGUCCAACAUCACUCAACUGCACUGCACGACAUCCAAUGUUCGCAAAGCUCUCCUGCAGUACUCCAAUCAAUUCCUCAAAAGUCGCCGUAUGAGUUUUUUAAAAAUGUUUCAAAAAUGUUGCUGAAGAAAAAACGGGUAUCAGCUGUCGUUAAACGUGCCGUUUUUGAAAUGUAAAUCAAAUAAAAUUCAUACACGGCGAACUCGUCUGGCAAAAAAUAUCUCUGAGCCUGACGCGCGAAAAGCUAACGAACUUUGUGAUAUCACCGACAACAACAGCGACAGUAGGAACAAAAAAUUUGCUUGUAGCAGAGCAAAACAAAAUAAAUACUAUAUAAAACACGGAGAGCUACCACCCACGAGCACACACGCAAACUAACGCACUUACAAAUCCAUAAGCGAGCGAAUAGUCACAAAGGCAUCGUUAUACAUCACCCAGCGACAUCAAGAUUCACGUCCACCCACCUUUCACAUUGGCACACACACAUAUUUGCAUCCUAAAGGCAGCACCUAUAUUUUGUUGUUGUAACUCCUAGUGAUAAGAACGAACGCACAAAGUAGAAUAUACAGAGCAAAGGAGGAACGAAGCAAGGUAGCCAACGUUGCAGAAAGAGUCAGUAGAGAGCGAGUAGUAAAAUAAAUCAAGGAAAACACAGGGAAGCGUAUCGCACCUAGUUAAUUAAUUUAUUUAUUAUAACAUUUUAAGUAAGCGUGAAAAUUUGUUCAGCACUGUGCUACACGUAGUAUUUACCAAGAUACCUGCCCGUUUUCUCUCAGCUUGCCAAAAAUAUUAAAAAACAAAAAGGCAAAUUUCCUGCGUGUUUCUGUGUGUUUGCCUAUGAAUAUUUAACCAACGAUAUGACAUCAUAUGCUACCGCAAAUGAUUCUAACACCACAGUAGCAACAACAGCAACAAUGGAAAACGCAAAUGUGGCGAACGCUAGCACAACAAUAGCGAGCCAACCGUCAACUGCUUCAGUCGCGAAUACAAGCGCAGGUGCGGAGAAUGUCGAUGGUACGCGCAACUUUCACACAACUAUUGAACGUUCAUUAUAUGAAAGUCCAACAACACCAACAACGUAUGACUGUGAUGUGCCGCUCAAAUUAGGCGAGACAACGCUGCAGCAACAACAGCCACAGCAAGAUCAGCUAGCGUUAGAUACACCAACGAGCAAUUGUUGCACUGACUAUGAUUGUGAUUCGUUUUCGGACGGGCACGAGAAGACCGAUACAACACCGGAAAAUCUGAAGAAGAUUGAUGAUGUCAUUGAACAGCGGCAGUAUCAGCAACAGUUAAAAAACCGCUCAUCCUCGCAUUAUCUUAGCAAUUCGCAAGCAAUGGCAUCCAGCGCUACCGAUUGCGAUAGAGACAUUGUUGGUGCUGGCAGUGCUGGUUAUGGAGUUGGGCUCGCCGUGGCAGUUGAUGACUCAAAUGCAAAAAUUUGCUUUGGCAAACCGCUUUGCAGUGAAAAAGAUAUGUUAAGCAAAAGCGAACGCAUAGAAAGCCAUGGCCGCAGCAUCGAUAGUUCGACUGUCGAUUUGGGCAAAAGUAAACUCAGUGCGGACGGUAACGGCAGUGACAGUGGUUGCGUUACGCCGUCCACUAUGUCGGACAUGAAUACAGCGGCGUUGAUCGCUGGCGGUGCAGACAAUAGCGAAUCGUUGCCACACGACGAUGAUUCAUCAGCUUCGAAUGCAACUAAUACCACGACAACAGCAACAACCAAUAAGCAGUCGUAUGCUUUUACAAUCGAUAAUUUCAAUGAUAGUGGCUGUGAUCCGGAAGCUGCUAAAGCGCGUUACAAAAGCAUGAUGGAGCGUUUUCAAAGUCGUCAUCGGCGUGGCGCCUCUAUGUCAAAGCUGGAAGCUGGUGAUGCUACCAACAAAGGCACCACAAUGACUAGCUCGGUAUCUGCCACACCGCUCAGUGGCAAUGCCAGCGCCAGUGCACGUCAUGGACGCAACAGUGGCGGCGUAGCUGAAAACUCAUUCGAUAGUGGUGGCGCCGGAGAUGCACCACCGAAGGUGAAGCUGCGUGUGCGCGAUCGCAGUACGUCUCGCGUACGCGACGCCAGUAAGCGCCAUAGUUGGUCGCCGCGUUCCAGUACACAGGAGUCACAGUUACAAGGGCACGACCAGCAUGCGAUCGCGCAGACGCCAUCGGCAACGCGCGCGAAUGAACGUUCGAGUGCUAUACAGAAGCCGCUGCCGCCAACGCGUAAAAACGUCAGUAAGCAAAAGCCGCCGCCGCUGCAGCUGCCUAAAGGUACUGCCAACCUGGUAGCGAAUCGCACGCAAUUUACUCCCCGUUCUACUGCUAUGCAAUUGGCACUGCAAAAGGUUGAUUUCUUGUGCGCUCAACCACCGCUUGCCGAACUGAAAAACUAUAACUUGGAGGCGGAUAAUAUCAGCGAAACGGGCACUUAUACCCUGGAUGGCGAUAACUAUACGGAGGAGCAAAAAGAUCUCAUGAACAUCGACAAGAGCGCGAAACAGGCAUUGAAAGCACAACAGCGUCCAAAGAAUUUGCAGCUCAACGCUAGUGUGAGCGACGCGGGACCUCAGCUGAGCAACACGAAGAUACCAGUUCAUGCUAAUAGUCGCUCCAAUGUUCUCGAGGUGAACUACUACCACGAUACAGAAAUGGAUCAAGGGCCGCAAUCGCCACGCGCUUACACCGAGCGCGAUCUUAUAUUGGGCUCGCAUGAGUCAGCAGGUGCAUAUUUGGAAAAGAUCAAGUCACGUGUGUUGCGCAAUGCUUCGGCGACGAGGUCCACGGUACCGGCCCAUGGUGACAUCGGGCAGAAAACUCCAACGGAAGAUGAUGGCGAUUUGGGCUGCUUCACUAGUGUGACAACUAGUGGCGUAUUGGCCAAGCAGGGAGCGCUCGAUCCCCGUCCGCGACUAACGCGAAAAUCCGGCUUAUCUACCUCGCAAAUCGACUCGUCGGAAUAUGUGAGCAAUGAGAUGAAAUUGAAGGCGAAUACGGCGAGCGCUUAUUCUGGAGGUGGCUUCACUGAUCAUCAGAAGGCCGAGUAUCGUUUGAAUUUGUUUACAAAUCAAAAGGACAACACACAGGCGAAAUUUGCCGCAACACGUAGCUAUAUCGAGUCGCCGCCGGAGACACCCCCACAUCAUAAAUUAUCCGAUGCAGCGGUGUUGAAGACGGCGCAAACGAAAAACGAUUGGAUACAGGAGUGGGCACGUAAUGCGCGUGCACGCAGCCUCGCUUCAGAAACGUCAAAGACGCGUAUACAUUCGGACGCGUCUCAAGCGGCGUUGAUGACGCGCAGCUACACAUGCGCUUCCGAUACAGCAGCUGCUGAUUCGCUCACCGACGAUAGCAUUUACAAUAAUAAGCAGUGCAUCAGUGCUGCCAAGCUGAAUCGCAGUCUUGCCGAGCGUUACCGUUUGUCGGGCGAGUGUGACUAUUCGAGCGAUCCGACGUUGUCGAGCGGCGCGUACAGCAGCAGCGGUCAGCUGGCCGAGGGCAUUUGCAAGCCACCAAAGAGUCCUUCGAAAAUACCCUCACCACUGCAUUCAAUUGGGCGGACGCGCAGUGCAAGUCGUACGCGUGCGCCGCUACAGAAUGUGCUAUUACAUGGUGGCAUAGGCGAUGAAGAAUCGGAUAUAUAUUUGCAGAAGACAGCGGCUGCUAUAAAUAAUUUGCAGCAAUCGUUGUCUCGUAAGAAUUCGCUUAAAUCGCCGCCAACUACACAUUCUUCAGCGUCACCACGUGCGCACUCGGCACGCUCGCACGCCCAUUCCUCAGCGCUGUACUCGCCGCCAGACGACUGCGGUAGUCCACAGCAUGGUCUGGGUUCGCCCACCUCCGCGGCCAGCGGAAGCGCUUACCAUCACUCGCCGCUGCAUCGGCGCGUCGCUGCGAAUGAUCCAUACGGCCGCAAUGCACAACAUUUGCAACUGAUGACGAGCAGCUUCAAUGAGCAGCAAUUGAAGUUGCUCACCAGCGGUGAAUACUUGUCAAGGCAAAUGCGUGCGCGCAAGAACUCCUUCGAUGGCAAUAUUGGCAAUUCGCCAGCACGUCGCGCGGCCGCAGUGGCAGCGGCAAAUGCGCAGGCACAAGCGCAAGCUGGGCAAAGCGGUCAGGAGUCGCCAUUGCGUCGUUCCAGUUCGUUUUCGGCGAAAAUAGCGACAACGCAGCGCGCGGCGCGUCCACAAUUUUCGAAUAUCUACACACCACCGGCGGCACGACAUAAUUAUUCGCUGGUUGGCGGCGGCGAUGGGCAGUCCGCAGCGGCGGUGGCGGUGGCGGGCAGCAACAGUAGCAUCAUCAAAAAAUCGGCAAGCAGCAAUAAUUUCCGACAAGCAAUCGGUGACUACGAUGAAAAUUUCCAAUAUUACAUCAACGAUGAGGAUGACAUAGGUGAAGAAUAUUAUUCAAGUGGUGCUGAGGAAGUCGAAGAGGAAGAGGAAGACAAUGAGCAUUACUAUCAACACGAGGACGAUGUGCAAGCGGAAGUGGGGAUUACAUCAGCUGUACCACUGUCGAAUACUCGUCUCAACAAGGCGCUACUGAUGCGUAUCGAGCGUAGCAAGCAACGCGUAAGCGGCGGCGUCAGUUCCGGUGCGAGCAAACCAUCUUCAGCGCCUGUGUCGAAGUUGCAACAGCAACAAGGUGGUUCAUGUGGCGUAAUGGCAUGCCCCAACACGCCUGAAUUGCCACGACGUGGCAUACGUAGUGCACCACGGUCUGGCGGCGGUGCCGCUACGGCGCGUCAAUCAGUGCCGCGUGACACCAGUCUCAGUCGCUUAGCAUCGCAGGUACCGAAUUCUUUGGCCUCGGCAAAGAAGCAGUUACUGCAAACCGCCGCCGCCGUGCCAUCGACAACGAAAUUGACAAACCAACGCGUACAGCCCAAGUAUUUGGACAUUUCAAAGUACAAGCCGGUGCAGGGUAAUAAUUUUUUACGCAAGAACGAAUCGAAAAGCACAUUAAAGACGUCAACAUUGGCGGGCGAUGUAAUGAAGCGCAGUCCGAGUAGCUCAUCGAUGGGGCUGAGUCGUGCGGAUCCGACACGCACCAGCAAUCGCAGUGUACGCUCGGUGGCCUCGUGCAUGACCACGAGCGGCACUACGCUUGGCGGUGGUGGUGGUAGUGGUGUUGGUGUUGGUCGAGCCUCAUCAGCGGUGCGUAGAGACCAGUCGGUCACUAAACAAAAGGAGGCAGAAAUGGCCAUGUGGAAACGACGUUCCACGUACGAUCCAAUGAAGGCCGCAGCUGAAGAUCGCCGCAAGAAGGAAGAAGCCAAACGCAUGGCGAUCACAAAGAAUAUAGGCGAAAUGCCGUGCGAGAGUGCAACACGUACGCCGCCGCCGCCAUUCAAACAACAACUAUCGCUGGAUGAGCAGUGGACCGAAUACGGUGAAGAAGACUGCGUCUAAAACAAAAUUGAAACAUUUCCAGUAAAAAAAUUAUUUUGAGCUAAUUUCAUCAAAAAAAAAAGGAAAAGGGAAAAGCCGGCGACCAAACUAGCGGCAGCUAAAUUUUGACGGUUCGAAUACGAACCAAUACGCAAAAAAAGCUUUGAAAAGUGAUAUAUAGAAUCUACUAUAAAAUAGAAAUGAAAAAGAAAAAAUAUUAUUAAAUAUUGUUUAAAAAGAGGAAGAAGAAGAACUAUAAACGGUAAUUAUGCGAAUUGAUAAAGCUAAAUGAGUGAACUGUGAAGCGACUAAGAUUGUCUGGCGAGCUGCUGUAUUGGCAAACUGCGAUAUAUUGAGUUAAUGAAUUGAAACGUGGGAAAAUAGAGUAACUGUAGUUAUCAUACUAUAAAUGAAAAAUAAUAAUUAUAUAUUAUCUAAAAUUAUACACAUACAUACGCAACUAUUUUGUUAAAAGCGUACACUUGAUGAGUGGGUAUGCGUGAUAGUAACCUAAACUCACAAACGAGUAAAAAAAAUUGUUUUUAACUAACCUACAGAAGGUUACAAAUAUCGAUGCAAUGUAUUUCUUUUCCAAAACGAAGUAUAGAAGAUGUGUGCAAAAGGAAUGAAGUAAAACUCUAUGAAAAUACUCGACUAAAUUUUUGGUUUUAUAUUAAGUUACGCUGCUAUUAAUUAUAUACAAAUAAUUAUACAAGAAAUAGUCAUGAAUGAGCAUGAGUAGCGAUUUUUUUUUAAAUACACUGAAAUAUAAUUAUCACAUAGAUACGAUAUGUAUUACGCAGAUAUGUGCAUGUAUUGUCUAAAUGUAUUGCAUAUGUGUGCAAGUAUAAAUAUAAAUAAACAAACUAUGUAUUUUUUACUUUAUUGUAAAAGCGCUGUAAUAUAAUUUUUAUAAGUCGUUGCUUUAGUAUUUUAAAAAUAAAUGAACGAAAAUACAUGUAAACAUGAAGCGUUUAAAAAAUGAAGAAUUUGUAGUAGGUUUUCUAAUUCAUGUGUACAGAGUGUUUGCGGGGUUUAAAUGGAAUAUGUCUAAAUUAGGAAAGUCUUCGAAAAAAAAAAUGACUUUAAAGGUUUAGUGAAAGCGCGUGCGAAAUAGCAAUUGAAUGGCUAAUGCAAAAUCUAAUAUUACAUUCAACAUUUAGCUGAGAGAGUAGCGGGGCAAUAAAAAUACAUAAAUCGAUAAAAUAAAUAAAUCGAUAAAAUUCUUCACCCCUUUAAAAUAAACAAAUUUUGGAUGGUGAAAGGCGAAAUAAGGCUAAAAAAAUGGAAAAAAUAUAUAUUUGAAAGUCAUAUAAUCAAGGAAAAAAUAUAUACCAAAUUAAUAUUAUAUAACAAUUAAAAAAAAUUGAUCUUUGAUAUCUUGCAAGCAUAUAAUUAGCAAAAAUAAAAAAGUUAUUACUGAUCAAUUGCGGGUAAUGAUUAAAAUUUUUCUAAAAAAUUUAAAAAUUUUCGAACUACUCGUCUAAGCCUUUUUACUAUAAAAAAAAUGGAAAUAGUUGGCAGAUGAAGUAUAAAAUAUCUCAAAAUUAGUUUCCAGCCUCAAGACACUUCGAUAAAAUUCGAAGGAAGUUUUUUGCGAAUUACUUCAAUAAAUUUUCUUCAAUAUAAAAAUAAACGCAAAUAAUUGGCACGUUAAGGGGGGAGCCUGGUUUAUAAGGUCAAAAAAUUAAUUUUUUGUUUGUUUUAAGCGAUUCCUAAUAUAUUUCAGAAUAUUCACACAAAGUUACAGAGCCUAAUUCUCAAUAUUUCCGUAGAUACAAAGCCAAAGGUAGGCGAGCGUUAGGUAGUUACGCUGUGACCGGACAGCUAUAGCACAAACUUUAUCUUCUUUUCUCCACUUUUCAUUUUUAUGAUUUCUUUGAAUUGGUGUACAUGAAUGAAAAAAAAACUAAUGCCCCUUUUGAAAUGAAUCAUAGCUUGUUCCCUCCAGUAUUUAAUUCUCUUCUAUUUGAACUAACAAAAUAGAUAAAAACAAAUUUUUCAAGAUUUUUAUACCAAGUUGAAGUGAAUUUUUUUUUAUAGAAAGGCAUUUUUUUCUUUAAAAUCUCCAAAAAUUUGAAAUUUUGGAAUUUCUCUCAGUUCUUUUAGUUCAUCUAGAAUAAAAAAUCAUGAUAAUUAGAAAUCCAUUUGAAUUUUUUGCUUUAGAUAAUAAUUACGAGUUGUAUCUUGUACACCAGUUGGAAACUCCAGCGUUGCAGCGCACUACUAAUUUGUAUGUUAAACAUUUUUUUCAACUUAUUUUAACCAGUACCAACAUUUUUUAUACUUUUUAAAUGUUCAUUAAAGGCUCCCCCCUUAAGUUUUGAAUAACUCAAUAUUGGUACUCAAUCUUAAGGCACUUCAAUAAAAAUUCGAAAGUUUUUUUUGCAAAUUACUCGAACUAGGGAAGGUGCUGAUGAUAAUUAAAUAAAAUAAAAAAAUUUUAUGUUUUCCGAAUAAAAAAAUUUUAAAAUUUAAAAUAAAAAAAUAUAUAAUAUUUGUUUAAAAAAACAACAAAAAACAAAACAAAUUAUAUAUUAUAAUUAUAUAAAUAAUUAUAAUUAUAAUUGUUUUUUGACACAUAAAAAUAAUAUAAAAUUUAAAAUCAAAUAAUAAAAUUAAAAAAAAAAUUAUAAAUUGUUUGUAUUUUUAAAUAUUUGAAACCAAUAUUAAAUAAACCAUAGGGAGAGAGGGAAAAACAAAUAUUCAUUUAAUCUUUAUUCUUUCAACACAAACAGUAAAAUAAUUUUUUACAAAUAUUCGUUUUUUUGUUUUAUUUUUUAAAUUAGUUUUUUGCUUUCACUUGUGUAACUUUUAAAGUACGAGUAGCACUACCAAAUAAAUGAAAAAAAUAUGUAUAUAUUUUUUGUGGUCCGUAAAUGUGCUAAACCAAAAAUACCGUUAUGGUAUUUUUUUAUUCUCCAUAGAGUUGGGUUGAUGUUACUGUAGCGACACUUUUAAUCGCCAGGACUGUCACUCACGCUCCAGGAGUAUAUCUAAAAGGCUCAUGGCGUUCUCUAAGGUACGGUGCUCUAGACAGGACUAGUUUACUGCGGCGAAAGCCCUUGGUCGGGCAAAACUCGAGUAAUUCUGGUCACGUAGAAACGGCUGUCAUGGCAAUCAUGGCGAUUACUUUUUGUUGCUGCUAUUGCAAAAAAAAAAAACCAAAAAAAAAAACAGCGGGUGAAAAGUUGCUUAAAGUUUGUACUCGCAAAAUACUUUUCAAUUAAUUUUUGAGCACCAAUAUAUUUUUUUCUCUCCUUUGAAAGAUGUAUAUUUUUAGGAAUUUGCGAUUUAAAAAAAUUCAAGUUUUUCUAAUUUUCAUUCGAAAAAAGUAUUGUAUAAUAUACAAUUUGCACAUUUUUCUAAAAACAAAAAUAGUUAUAUAAAUUGAGAAAAAUUAAAUUUACUGCAAUUAAAUUUAUUGCUGAUUAUAUGAAAGUCUUUCUUCUAAACAAUCUCGAAUUAGUUUUUGUGCCUUUUUAUAAAUAUGUUCGUUGUUAGAAACCACUUUUCCAUUCACACUCCUCCCACAAACAUUCUGUACACUUUGGUAGCUUCUUUGAAAGAAAGUCAUUUUAAUUUUGAAUUUAUUAUACAAUGCAAACUAUACAACAACAGUAUAGCAUUUAAAUUUAAGUCCAUGCAAGCAGCUUUAAAAUAAUUAAAAUAAAGAAAAGAACUACAAUAUUUGAAAAUGAGAAUUUAUGGUGUUGGUAAAGCGUUGAUAUGUGGCAUGCAACUGCAUUCAUUUCUGCCGCAUAAUGCACUCGUUCGUCCUCUCGUGUCAUGCAGCAAACAAAAAAAAAACUUAAACUAAAAAUAAAAAUGAAAAGUCUACUAUUUUGCUAAUCCAGACGUUGAUCUCUUGCUGCUGACUGACUGCAUUGGUCCGCCCCACUGCAGCUGCACACUCAACGCUCUGUUAUUUAUCAUUUUUACAAUUACUAUUAAAUAUUAGAAUGUUUGUAUGUAGUUAGUUGAAAUGACUGUAAAAUGAUUUGCUUAACUGCCGACCACUCGAAAAUACUGACAUAAAUGCAAAAUGCAAGAUUUUCAAAAACCGUCUGAGAAAAAAAAUAUUUAAAUGAAAACACAACAACAUCCAUACAAAUUUGCCGUGCAAGUCACAGUUUAAGUCAUAAAAAUCUAGUUUUAAAAUUUUAUAGAUGAACAUUUUUUUGAUUUGCGUACUUUUUAAGUUCUUUACAACGCGACUAAACCACAAGCAAAACUAAUUAAGUCUAGGAACGAAAGAGAUAUAUACAUACAAACAUACAUACUUAGGAAAACAAAAAACAAAAAAUUAUGAAAAAUAUGAUAAAUAUCUCGAAAGUAUUCUAAGAAAUGCUGGAAUAAGCCAACACUGUGUUAGUGGGGACACUAAACUUUAUUUAAAUGAAAUCAAACAAGAAAUAAAGAAAAACUCAUAAUGUUUAUAACAAUUUUAGCUGUUACAUACAAAACCUAUGAAAUAUGUACAUGAAUUGUAAAAUGCCAAAUGAACUAAUGAAUUAUUGUGAAAAGAAAUUGCAAAAGUGAAAUAAAGAAAACGCUAAAUCA